AUGCCUCUUCUCCCCUUACCAAUCCCAAGAGCUUGGAAAUCGAGUUCUGAUAUCGGUUCUUGCGAGGGCGAACAACCCUGCCAACGAUGCCAUCAGUGGAACAUCGAAUGUGUCUACGACAAGCGUUCUGGCGAGACAAAGGAGAGGCUCCGUAGCGAGAGGUCCGAGCUGCAACGUCGUGAACGGGCCACGGCCGUUGUCCUCGAAGCCCUAGCCUCGGGCGAAAACGCCGUACCCCUCCUGGAAAGACUUUGGAAUAAGGAGUCUGUCAUCGACAUUGCAGCCAUGAUAUCGAACCUCGGCGGGCACCCGGGGGCCAACAGCGGCACCAAGCAGCUCACCGGCCCCUCCUCGGCUACCGGCGAUGGCUCCUCGGACGCGCUCGACCUGCGUAGACGGGAUUCCGCUGCUUCAGCCUCCGCCUCCGCCUCCGUCCCGAUACCAUCUUCUUCUGCCCCCACCCAGUCACGACCGGCAGGGUCUGGACCGGACCCACUCGCCACCUCGGACGACGGCUACUCGGACGGCUCCCUGUACUCCGGCAGCAUACAGUUACCGGCCCUCCGGCCCGAGGACCACAGCCUGUCGGGUGACUCCAGCGGCUACGCCCUCAGCGAACCCGGCCGCAACUUUAUUGGCGAUCCGGUCGGCCCUCCCGUCUCCCUCCCGAGCGACACCCAUCUCUCUAGCGACAUGGUGGUGCUCCCCCGGAAGCUUGCCUGCAACCUCAUCGAAGCCUUCUUCUCCAAGCAGCAUGUGCCCUUCCCCAUCAUCAAGCGUGAGCUCUUCAUGCAGGACUUUGUGUCGGGAAAGCACACUUACUGCUCCACCGCCUUGGUGCACUCCAUAUGCUGCCUCGCCUGCCGCCUCGAGACCGACUACGGCCACCGCGAAUCAUACUACACCAGUCUGGCUGCCACCCUGUUCGGCGAGGCUGCUUCGCUCCUGAAAUCUAACCCGAGCCAUUACUCCCUUCCCGACGUCAAGGCCCUCGGCCUGCUGUCGCUGUACCAGCUCGGACUGGGAGAGUACCUCGAUGCGAGGAUGCUGGCGGAGGAGAGCGUGCGGCGUGUGGAUCUGCAUCAUCGGCGGUCGAGCGAUGCGGGGACGGGCGAUGCUUCUUAUCAGUCUACACGGGCAAAUGCCUUGUUUGGUGCCAUUUCGCUAGCUCGAAUGGUUCGCCUAGCAACCGACUGCUUCUUUGACCCUGGGCAGAAGUUAAAGGAUGAGGGAAAGACUUUCUUCAGCACCAUCAGUUCCAACCAGACGGGUACUAUCGAUGUGCAUGUCGAGCAGCUCUUGAGCGUACCAAGCAUGAUCCAUACCAACUGGAGUUCUCAGAAAUCGCCGUCGACUAUGCUGCAGCUGACGGACUGGGUCUACUGCUUCUCCAGGCGGCUGCACGCGACGGAUGGCAACAAGAUUCCUAAUUACCUGCGUGAUACAUAUCUUGCCUGUCUUUCAUGGUACGACUCGACAAUGGGGAGUGUCGGUAGCCACGGCGAGCCCAGUCCGUUUGUCCACUUAUUCUACCAUUUCUGCCUACUCGUCCUCUUCCGUCCAGUCAUCAACAUGCGCUAUACAGACUCGGACAUCUCAGCCGUGGACAUCUGCAUCGAAUCCGCCGAUGCCCUGCUGACUUUGGCAAAGCUCUGUCACGAGAUGGGAGAGCAGAAGUUCUCGAGUUUCGUCCCCGUCUUCAUUCACGUCGGUGGGCUGACCUCCCUCGAUGUGGCCAACAAUGACGGCCGGGCCGUCAAGGAUGCGGAAGGCGAAAAGAGGACAAGGAUAGGUCUGUCCCUCCUAGAACGCGCCAUUGAUCUCCUGCUUGUUCUGGGAGAGGUCUACCCGUCAGCCCAGAAGUGCAGGAGAGAACUUCAGGACAAGCUGAACCUCAGGGAACAAGGCGAGGAGCAGGACCAUUCUCGGUCUGCCAGGAGCCACCAGAAGGUGCCGCUGCUGAUUCGAAAUAGCCCUCAUUCUUCAAAGAAUCGCUAA